AUGCUCGGCGCCUCUGUUCUCUUCCUCGCCCUUGCCGCGGUCGGCCUCUCCCAGGAGAUCCCUGAAGGCUACCGCACCGUGUACAUCACGUCGAAUGUAGACCCCAAGUUUGUCAUCGUCGCGAAAGAGCGGACCGCCGGCAGCACCACCAUCGUCAAGACGCGCAAUGACACGCCGGAGCAGCAGUGGUACCUCCAGGACGGCGCGACCAAGAUUCAGCUGGCUGGUACCACGCUCUGCAUGGACGGAGGCGCUGAGGCCAACUGGAAGGACAUGGGCAACAUCUACGUCAACGAGUGCGCCGAAACCGAAUCCCAGAAUUGGUUUGUCAUGGACGACGGCCGCAUCGCGCUGGAGCCCUCAGAUCAGAAGCAGUGCGUCGACUUGGUCUACAUGAGGGCGGUGGAGAACAAUGCCGUCGGGCUGUACAGCUGCGCUGGAUUGGGAAACAUCGGGGCGGCCGACAAGGGGAUCAACUGGCCGUUGGUCGAUGCCACAGCUUGA